AUGAUCAUUAAUUGAAAAGACUCUUUUAGCAGUAUUGUCAAAAUUUUUAUUGAGCUUGGCAUUCAGCUAGGCCGAGAAAAUUAUGCAUCCCUAUAUAAACCAUUUUUUUAUUUGCCUUUAAGGAUUGAGAAGGAGAUAUUAAAAUGUCUAAUAGUAAAGACCAGCUUACAGUUAUUUUGCUUUAUAUUACUCAAAAAUUGCAAAGAUAAAUUUGGUUUAAAACUUAGCAGAUGAUUAAAUGUACUCUAA